UGGGAGACUUGCAUUGAAAACAGAAAUGCAAGCAAAGUCACCUGCUCGAAGUUCAGAAGUUGCGAUCUGUUGCUGGUUGGGGAAUCUGCCAAGGACGAUUGAACACGGCGUUGUUCAGUAGCCUUGCUUGUGUGCUUGGAAUGCUCUGGCGGCCGACGUCUUCUCCUCGCUUGCACCGGACUUAAACCCAAUUGCCUCACCAUUGAAUUGCUACAAUGGAGCAGUUCGCAGAACAUGAGCAGAGGGCCUUCGACGCACAGGUCGCAGAGGUCGAGAGUUGGUGGCGCAGUGACCGAUUCAGACUUGUGAAGCGGCCAUACACUGCAGCUCAGGUUGUUGCUUUGAGAGGCCAUCUCCGGACAUCAUAUGCAUCAGACGUCCAGGCAAAGAAGCUUUGGCAGAUCCUGAAGCAUAGACAAGCUACAAGGACAUGCUCAAGGACAUUUGGGGCCCUGGAUCCAGUCCAGGUUGCUCAGAUGGGGCAGCAGGGGAUCGACACUGUGUAUGUCUCAGGCUGGCAGUGCAGCUCUACUGCUAGCUCCUCCAACGAGCCUGGUCCCGACUUGGCAGACUAUCCAUCUGACACCGUUCCCAACAAGGUGGAGCAGCUGUUCUUUGCUCAGCAGUUCCAUGACAGGAAACAACAUGAGGCUCGGUUCCAGAUGACCAAGGAGCAGCGCGCUCAGACGCCUUAUGUUGACUUCCUCAACCCCAUUAUCGCCGAUGCCGACACUGGCUUUGGUGGCAUUGGAGCUGUCACAAAGCUGGCCAAGAUGUUUGUGGAGCGUGGUGCUGCUGGCAUCCACAUUGAAGAUCAGAGCACAGCUACAAAGAAGUGCGGCCAUCUCGCUGGCAAGGUGCUUGUCUCUACCUCGGAGCAUGUCAACCGCCUCAAUGCCAUCCGCCUGCAGUAUGACAUCAUGGGCGUCGAGAAUAUCAUCAUCGCUCGGACUGACGCCGAGGCGGCCAAUCUCAUCACGACGAACAUUGAUGUUCGUGAUCAUCCCUUCAUCUUGGGUGUCACGAACCCGAAGCUCCGCGGCCACUCAGUUGUGCAGGCUCUUGAUGACGCCGAAGCCUCUGGCAAGGUUGGGGCUGCCCUCCAGGCCGUCGACGAUGCAUGGAUGCAAUCUGCUCAGCUGAAGACGUACGGCGAAACCGUGGCUGACGCGCUCAGGGCUUCUAACAUGCCCGAGGGCGAGAAGGCGCGCAAGCUGGAUAGAUGGCUGUCCCAGUCAGAUAAGCUGUCCGUCUUCGACGCGCGCGUGCUGGCGAAUGAGCUGGGCGUGGAGGUCUUCUGGGACUGGAAUCUGCCCCGUACUCGCGAAGGCUUCUACCGGUUCCGUGGGAGCACCAAGGCGUGCAUCGCUCGUGGCGUUGCUUUCCAGCCGUACUGCGACAUCAUCUGGAUGGAGACCGCCAAGCCGAUUCUCAAGCAGGCCACGGAGUUCGCGCGCGGCGUCAAGAGCGUCUACCCCGAGGCCAUGCUGGCGUACAACUGCUCGCCGUCCUUCAACUGGGACGCCGCCGGCAUGACGGACGACCAGAUUCUGCACUUCAACGAUGAGCUCGCCAAGGAGGGCUUCGUAUGGCAGUUCAUCACUCUGGCGGGCUUCCACGCGAACGCUCUGGCCAUUGACAACUUCGCAAAGGACUACGCCAAGCGGGGCAUGCUCGCUUACGUGGAGGACAUCCAGCGGCCCGAGCGGGAGAACAAGGUGUCGACGCUGCAACAUCAGAAGUGGUCCGGGGCCAACUACGUGGACUCGCUGAUGAAGACGGUGACGGGCGGGAUUGCCUCGACCGCAGCCAUGGGCAAGGGUGUUACGGAGGACCAGUUUGCUCAAGGCCCAGUGAAGUCCGGGGGCAUCCAGGUUAUGAUGACCCACUCGAGGAUGUAAUCAGGUGCUCCGCAUUUUCUGGUCUCAAAUAUAUGAUGGUACGUAAGCAGGCCAAUCUGCCGGUUAACAUAAGUUUGUUUAGUCUAGUGAGCAAAGCGGGCACUUCAAGCGGAUAGAUCAUUGAAUGUGUAGGUUUGUUAGUCCUGUGUUUACAUUGCUAAAUUGAUCAGAAUACUGGUAUAUACCAUACGAUCAUAUAGCUAGGCGCUGGGGGUUUCAGGCCUUCUCAGUCGGUACUUAUCCAAGUGUACGAAAACAAUUACUGAUUGUGCUCAGGGAAGAGAAUAACCUGCAAGCGAACUUGACGUUGACGGGUAUAGCUGGAUAAUUACCGGCUCUGCAACAUUCAUGCGAUUUCGCGUAGUAACCAAAAGUCAACUAGGAUUUGGCUCAGGGUUGAACGUUUGAUUGUCAACUCGCAUAAGAAAACCACAAACAAGCGCCGUAUGGCCUCAAGUUCUGCCUCAGUUCAUUCUUGUUUGAUUGUGCUACUGCAAACAAAACGACUGAGAUCGGGAUGAUUUUAGAAAGACUGAUCAAGGCCACGCGGUCGGGGAACUGGAUCAC